AUGUCUUCGUCAACAACAACUGAAUCCAGAAUCGCCAUGGCCAAAACAGUCGUAUCCACUAUCGGUUCUGUCGCCGCGGCGGCAAUGGUGGUUCGCAGCGUCGCACGCGAUUACUUACCUCCUGAAUUCCAAGACUACCUCCAUUUGGGGUUCCGGAAUUUCAUCAACAAGUUCUCCACACAGAUAACCAUGGUGAUCUACGAAUUCGACGGGUUUGCAGAAAAUGAAAUCUACAAGGCCACAGAGUUUUACCUUUCCUCCCGAAUUUCUCCUCAGAUCCACCGUAUGAAGCUCACCAAGCGCGCUAACGAGAAAGACAUUAAGGUCGCCAUGGAAACCAACGAAGAGUUCACUGAUAUCUACAACGGAGUCAAAUUCAAGUGGUGUUUGGUGUCUAAUAAGGCGCCGACGAGAGAACAUUACCGGAACGAUGGUAUGAACAGAUCUACCGGAUCCGAUGUUCGAAUGCUUGAACUCACAUUUCAUCGGAAACACAAGGAUCUAGCUUUGAAGGAUUACCUCCCGUUUAUAAUUAAUGACUCGAAAACGAGGAAACAAGAAGAGAAAAGCGUGAAACUAUUCACUGUAGAUACGAUGAUGGUGCGUUCCGGCUGUCCGUCGAUGUGGGCGCCGGUGAAUCUAGAUCAUCCGGCGAAUUUUGCGACGCUGGCGAUGGAUACAGAUGUUAAGGAGAAUGUGAUGAAGGAUUUAGAUCGGUUUAUAGAGAGAAGAGAAUACUAUCGGAAAGUUGGAAAAGCAUGGAAGAGAGGCUACCUGUUGUAUGGUCCGCCGGGUACCGGAAAAUCAAGCUUGAUCGCCGCCAUGGCCAAUUACUUGAAUUUUGACAUCUAUGACUUGGAGUUGACUGAUGUAAGGUCAAACUCGGAGCUCCGGAAGUUGUUGGUGUCGACUGCUAAUCGGUCGAUACUGGUGGUGGAGGACAUCGAUUGCUCGGUGGAAUUGCACGAUCGUGUGACUGCAGAACCACCGAGAUCUACUCGACGAAAUCAAGGAUGGGGUUACCAUGACGAACGCAAGGUAACAUUGUCUGGAUUUCUCAAUUUUAUUGAUGGAUUGUGGUCGAGUUGUGGUGACGAAAGGAUAAUCAUAUUUACCACAAACAGAAAAGACAAACUUGACCCUGCACUCCUUCGUCCCGGUCGUAUGGACAUUCACAUCAACAUGUCAUACUGCACUCCGUGUGGGUUUCGUCUACUGGCCUCUAACUACCUUGGGAUCAGUGAGCACAGUCUUUUUAAAGAAAUCGAAGAUUUAAUUGUUAAGGUGGAGAUCACUCCGGCUGAAGUAGCAGAGCAACUAUUGAAGGAUAGUGAUCCUGACAUUGCUCUUACUGGCCUCAUUGAUUUUUUCGAUGUGAAGUAUAAGGAGAAUGAAGAGGCAAAAGCAAAGGCAAAGGCAAAGGAAGAAGAAUGUGCAAACAUUAAGGUAGAGGAAGAAGAAGAAUCGGUUGCAAAAGAGAAUGGCAAGAAGAAACAAAUUGAUAUGAAUGGAACUACUUAGUAUCUGUAAUCCGCGAUUAGAAAACUCAUCAAGGGAUGGAUAUAGCUAUACACCCUAUCCGUCACUAAAUAUGUAGAAUUAGCAAUGGAUUGACGACCUAGGAGGGAAUGAAAAUGUGACAAUAAAUUAGCAACAGAAAGGGUCCCUAUGCAAUUGUCUUUAUUGUCGUACAUUAUGCUGUGAAUGUGUCAUUGUGUAUUUAUUAUACCAUAAGUUGUAGACAAAAAAGAUGGGCUUAGUUCGAGAACUUGAAUCAAAUGCAAAAAAAAAUAAUUUUUUUUUAUCA